UGAAAGCGUGGCAGUAUCGUAGCAGGUUGCCAAGGAUCUACAAGUACUAGUGAUCUCGUGUAUUAUCAUUGUUGACUGUAAGUGUAUUGCAUUGGAAAGUUCUUUAGUGAUGGCGAGCCAAGGUUCAGCCGAUGAUGACAAAUGCAAGAAUUUUCUGAGACAAUUUCGCGACAAGGAUACUAAGCAGUUGAAGAAGUUUACUGCUCAGCAGUUUCAGGAGGUUUGGACCCACUACGACAACGAUGGAAAUGGAUACAUUGAGGGAUCGGAAUUGGAUAACUUCCUGCGAGAGUUCGUCUCAAGUGUGACAGCUGCGGAUGUUGGACCCGAGGCCAUAUCAGACGCUGCCUUGGUUGACUUAAAGACGGCUUUCCUUGAAGCCUUUGACGAUAACAAUGACCAGCGAAUAGAAAUUGGUGAACUUGCCCAGAUUCUUCCAACAGAGCAGAAUUUCCUGUUACUGUUUCGUCGGGACAAUCCGCUGGAUUCGAGUGUAGAGUUCAUGAAAGUGUGGAAGCAGUUCGACCGAGACAAUAGUGGUUACAUUGAUGCUGAUGAACUUAAGGAAUUUCUCAAACAUCUGCUGAAAGAGGCUCGCCCAGACGUAACAAUAACAGAAGAGAAAAUCAUAGAAUACACAGACGCAAUGCUUCAGCUGUUCGAUCAGAAUCGGGAUGGAAAGUUACAGCUGAGUGAAAUGGCAAAGCUACUUCCGGUUAAGGAAAAUUUCCUCUGCCGACCAAUUUUCAAGAAAUUAUUUUCGCGCAUUCUGUUACCCAAUGAAGCCAUUGAUUCGAGCGCCAUAAAUCAACGGAGUGCAAGCAAGAUCACAAGUUAUGACAUAGAUCGGGUGUUCAGCCUCUACGAUAGGGACCGAAAUGGCUACAUCGAUGAUGAAGAACUCCAGGGCUUCCUUAAAGAUCUCCUCGCCCUUGUCCAGGAGGACUACGACGAAGGUGACCUGAAUGACGUGAAGGACACCAUCCUCCAGAAGUGGGACGUGAAUAACGAUGGUAAAAUCAACAAGGAAGAACUCAAAAUGAUUCUGCUGCAAUCGGGAAAACUCGCCUCCGAGAAUGACGACUAAUCUAUUUAAAUUGAUCAUACGUUUUAAGCGAUUCGCAAACGUACGAUUUUCAUCGCUGCGACUGCGACGUAGCCAUGACAGCAUGACGGUUGAAUUAACGAAUCGUCAUGUUGUCAUGCCAACAUCGCAGGUCGCAACAAUUAGAAUCGCUCGUUGGCGGAGCGCUUUAUAAUUACAAAUUUAGUUUAGUAAUUUCCGUUGGACUUGCAUCGACCAAAGCUUAUGUUCGAUAUGACUGAUCUUAGGAGAGAAUUGUUUAGAGACAGUGUAUUUUUAUUCUUUCGUCACCAAAUUAUGAACCGAUUAGCUGACACAUUUAUUUAAAGGAAUUAUGCAUUUAUAGGGAUCUUUGGUGAAGAUUCUGGCAAAUUAACGUAGAUUGUAGUAAUUUUAUUUUGUUAUUUUUUUGUAGUUUUAGUGACUGCUGCGAACAGUAUUUUACUUUGAGGAAUGAAGGUUUAGUCUGAAAAGUCAAUCAUACCUUCUGACGUCUACUGAUACAUUGUUCAUGCAAUUGAAGUGUACAUGAAUGCAUAGUGAAUCAUUGUGACGUUGUAAAAUAUUUGAAUUUAGAGGCCAAAUGGUCAUUAGAUUAAAGAGGUUUGUCCUAAAAGGCUGCCAAGCGUCAUCUUAGUGAAAAACUCAGUUGGUAACAAACUUUUUGCCCAUUCACUUAAAAUGAAAAAGAUGGACUUGACUCCCUUGUUACACUAGCAUCUUUGGGGAAUUUUGGCCAUAGAUCUUAAAAUCUGUAUGGCCAGGAAUUUGGCCAAACUGAUAUGCGUAUAGAAUUGUCACGUUUCGCUUUGUAUAUUUCCCUCUGAAGUUUUUGAGUGGUGCCAAAGAUCACGUAUUAUGCUUAUUUGUUAUUGUAUUAAACCGUCAAAUGUAUAAGUACCGUGCGUUACCACUCGCCCUUCAACUAUCCACGGUCGACAAAAAAGGUAUAUCUGUUUUUCUUAACACCGCAAGCAACAAAACCCUGAAAAUGUACUCGUUUUUGUCUGCUUGUGUCGAGGUAAGCACGUAUUUUUCAAAGGUAAACCGGUAUCUUUGUCCGUCAUGACUUCUGCAAACAAUUUACCAUGGUGGCAUUAGUUGUAACGUCUCUUUUUUCACCAAGAGCUUUUAGCCGGCGAUUGGUUGAAUGUCAACGGGAAAUUCGACAAAAUUGUGAAAGCUUUAUUAUGAUUGCUUACCAAUGCAUUUUAAAAGUUUUCACGUAUAUUUCAUGCCCAACAGGAUGCCAGGGAAAAAAGAGUUGGUAAAAAAUCAGUGAAUACACACAUGAGCUGGUUCUAUUCGCUACUCCUCUCAACACCAGCGCUUAACGUGGCCAAAAGGGCACUUAUUUCUUUGAAUAUCGCCAAAAUUCAAAAACCAACGUCCAAAAAAGCUAGUGUUGAGUCGUCACCGAAUUUAAAAUGCUCCCAAAAAACCAUCUCUUUUAUGCUUUGUGCUCGAAAACUGCCAAAGUGUGUGUUUGAGUAGGCUCUAACCACGGAGUCAAAGCAUUACACAGUGCAGUACAUUGCAGUGCAGUACAUUGCACUCAAUGGUGAGGCGAAAACGCUGCGAUGUACUGCGGUGUGUAAUACAGUAAAUGCCCUUUUGGUCAGGGCACAGCCUUGUGCUGAGGCCGACAAUGACGGGUUUUAAAGGUGUCCGGAUUGACGUCUUUUGCAUUCUACAGUUCCCGUUUGGCAAAGGAGAACGGGAAUGGAGCCGAAUUGACUUAGCGUUCCUCUUACAUUUAUCGUGUUUGGCACUUUAUCACUCCUGAGUUGGUUGGCAGUCGAAGCGAUCGACUCAUUCAUUUUGCUUCUUGAUGCGUUUUAUAUAAGACCACAUCGCGCUCCUCGCACUAUAGGUCCAAGUUGGGGCUUGAGCAAGGGCUUGAGCUUUUGGUGUGUUUUCCACUUGGUCUGGGCUAUUCAGAAACAGAAAGUAAGAUACAUACAAAUGUAGGUCAUCACCGCACAAAAAUGAAACUCACUAAACUCUUCAGAUCGUUUUCACGACAUAUCCCAGGAGUACCUUUUCAAAUAGGUCUGAACGAAAUACCCACAGCUAAAAAAGAUGCUUCCCCUAGCUGAAAGCUGGUUCCCUCCAGCCUCGUGCAUAUUCAAAUGGCGGUGUCGUUUCAGUCCGAAUGGUUCUGAUGGACCGUUCAGUCGGGUCUCCUCUGACAUGAAAAAUGAACUGUACCAUACAUGUAGAUGGCAUCUUGCUGAAUGUGGAACAAUGUACAUAAAAUGAAGCUGUGUGAAAGGAUUUUGUUGCAUUUUAUAUCUUCGUAUUUAUGGUGGUUGUAUUUGUACAUUCCAAUAUACUGUACGUUUCAUUGUGUGUUUCUUUAAAGACGUAUUUUGCACACUUCGACUUAUAAAAUGAGUGUUGUCAUAUUUAGGGUUUUAUCGUUUCCUUUUCGACUCGCAAGGUUUAAUGCUAGCACUGACUUCGCUAUACUUGUGUAGAAGUCCACGAUGUUAGUUUUGAGGCUGAGCAUAGGCAUUAUUAAUAGCCGUCGAGAGCUUACCAGGAUUCCGUGACAACGCAGUCAUUUAUCAGUCUCUGCCUUCUAAGUACCGAUAGAAGAAGUCUAAUGAUCCGCCUCCACAGAUUUCGACAUGGUAAACUUGCAACAAAAAACAAAAAACAAUUUUUGUCGAAAGGUUGCCAUGUUAUUUCUGAAAAGUGUUCGCAGGAUGGCCACUAAGAAACGUGCUUGUCAGUAUGUGCAGUAUACCGUACGAUAUAGUUUACGUGGCCUUGCAUGUUUCUUUAAGUUCUUGUUUAAUCUUGGUCUCUUGUCAAUUCCUUGCAGGUAUGUUACAUCACUUCAUACCGAUAUAUCGCUGCAAAUAAAUUUUCAGUGUGGAAAGUCGAAUAAAUCAUAAUUAUAAAAUUUA